AUGCCUGGAGCCGACGGCGCCGACAACGACUGCUGGCAAUCGUUCCAAGCAGCAUACGGCCCCUACGUAGACGGCAUCUUCUCCCAAUCGAACUACGGCAUUGUCACAAAGAUGGGCUUCUGGCUCAUGCCCGAAACAGACCACCAAUCAUACAUGAUCACCUUCCCACGCGACUCGGAUCUCGGUCGCAUCGUCGAGAUCAUCAAGCCACUUGCUCAAAAGCGCAUCCUAGGCAACAUCCCACAGCUACGCCACGUCAUCCAGGAACUGGCUGUCACAGGAAAACCACGGUCUCAUUGGUACACAGGCACAGGCACAAUGCCACGGGACGUCAUCGCUAAGCAUGCCGCCACCCAGCCCUGCGGCGACGUUGCAUGGUGUUUCUACGGCACACAAUACGGCGACCGUGCCAGCAUCAACUCCCAAAUCGCGCUGCUGAAGACUGAAUUCGCAGCCGUGCCAGGGAUGAAGUUCUAUCUGCCUGAAGACAUGCCAGCCGAUCACUACCUCCACUCCCGUGCAUUGGUCUGCAGCGGAACGCCAGUCCUCAAAGAACUCGACUGGCUGAACUGGACACCGAACGCAGCGCAUCUCUUCUUCAGCCCAAUCCUCCCCACGCGCGCUAGAGAUGCAGAGAAAGCUUUCGAGAUCAUUACGCGCCUGCACAAGAAGUACGGCUUUGAUCUCCUGCCUACCUGCUGUAUAGCGGGCCGCGAGAUGCACACGAUCGUCAACAUCGUCUACGAUCGUUAUGAUGCGGACGCUAAGCGUCGUGCUAUGGGCUGCAUGCGUGAGAUGAUUAGAGAGUGCGCUAAGCAGGGCUAUGGCGAGUACCGUACACAUUUGUUGUUUCAGGAUCAGGUUGCGGAAAGCUACAGCUGGGGAGGUGGUGCUUUGAGGAAGUUCAACGAGACGAUCAAGGAUGCAUUGGAUCCGAAUUCGAUCAUGAGCCUGGCAGGAAUGGCAUUUGGGGGAAGAGGUUUAGGGGGAAAGGGUGGGAGAUACUGGAUGGAGAUAAGCGGGACAUACUCAGAGACGGCGAAGAAGAAACAGGAAGAAAGUCGAGCGAAAGGCGACUACUUAUACAUCGCCAGACAAGUGAAGAUCGAGGAGAACGCCAAGAACCCACUCCAGUGA